AUGGGUUCAGACUCUACUGAGUUGGUCCCAGAACAUGUAAACAUUGGUAACUUAAAAACUCUAAAAAAUAAACUUAAACCGUUUCCUAAACUCAAUUUGGAUUUAUGGGACACAAAAGAAAUAAAAUUGAAAUUAAAGAAUAAAUCAAGGUCAUCAAUAGGCUUUAAAUUUUUACAAAAAGAUGACUUAUUUUAG